AUGUCCUCGCCCUACAUCUGCAACUGGGGCAUCCUCGCCACCGGCGGCAUCGCCGGCACGUUUGCGCGCGACCUGCUCCUCGACCCGGCGUCGCGCGACGUCGCCGACGUCCAGCACCGCAUCGUCGCCGUCGCCUCCUCCUCCUCCGCCGCGCGCGCCCAGGCCUUCGUCGACGACGACCUGGCGCUGCGCGACGCGCCGCAGAAGCCCUCGGCGUACGGCACGUAUGCUGAGAUGUUGAAGAAUGACGACGUGCACAUCGUCUAUGUCGCCACGCCGCACAGCCUCCACUACGAGAAUGUGCUGCAGUGUCUCGAGGCGGGCAAGCAUGUGUGCUGCGAGGUGCGUGUGUGUAAGCCCAUGACCAUCAACGCCAAGCAGACGGCGCAUCUCAUUGCACUGGCCAAGGAGAAGAAUCUCUUCCUGAUGGAGGCCCUCUGGAUCCGCUUCUUUCCCCUGAUGGCCGAGCUCAGGAAGCAGCUGCACGAGCAGCGCGUCAUCGGCGACAUUGUGCGCGUCGAGAGCUACAACGGCAUGGCGUUUGCAUUUGACGCACAGCACCGGCUGUGGAACCCUGAGCUGGGAGGCGGCUCGCUCCUCGACUUGGGCAUCUACAGCCUCACCUGGCAGAUGGUGACGCUCUUCGAGGAUCCUCGCAACGAGCGCACGCCGCCCAAGGUGCAUGCGACGAUCAUCAAGCAGCCGCAGACGGGCGUCGACGAGAGCACGACGAUGCUGCUCGAGUUCGCCAAGAGCCACACGCACGGCGUCUGCUCUUCCAACGCCGUCGUGCGCACGCACCACGCCUACAGCUGCGUGAUCCAGGGCACCAAGGGCGACAUCAGCGUCGCCUUUCCGCCCUUCCGGCCCGAGUCCUUCUCGGUCGCGCUGCGCAACGACGAUGCGCUCAAGACGCUCGGCGCGCGCAAGACGUACGACUUCCCCAUCCCGGGACACGGCAUGUUCUGGGAGGCCGACGCCGCGGCGCGCUGUCUGCGCGACGGCAAGCUGCAGCCGGAGCUGCACCCCAAUGCCAAUGCGCAGCUGACGAUGGAGAUUAUGGAUGAGGCCAGAAAGCAGGGAGGCUUCGCGUACCCGGACAAGCUGGAGUGGGUGCGGGAGGAUGCGCCGCAGCAGUAA